GGUAGAGUGUCAUAUGAAUCUUCACGAUGAACGGCGAGGGACGCUUUAACGGUUCUCAGCUGUUCAUCACAGAGAGGCUUUCCUCGGAAGGUUACUUGGCCACUGGAGUAUAUUUGACAGUUUUAGGUGUGUUGGCAAUGGUUGGAAACACGUGUGUGAUCCUGGUUGUCCUGAUGAAGCGCAUGCUAUGCAAGAGUUUCAACCACCUCAUCUUAAACCUUGCCCUGGCGGACCUCUGUGUAGCGGUCAUCGCAUAUCCCCUGACGGCGGCGUCUGGAUUCGCUGAAAGAUGGUUAUUUGGCGAAUUUGGCUGCAUCUUCUCUGCUUACAUCAUCUUCUUGCUCAGCAUGGUCAGCAUUAACACCAUGCUCGUCAUCGCCAUCUUCAGAUACACCUUUGUCUGCAAGCCACAGUACAACUACCUUACCAACGUCCAAUAUAUGAAAUUCGUCAUUGGUGGAAUAUGGGGCCAUGCCUUCAUCUGGACUUCUUUACCCCUGGUUGGUUGGAGCAGCUAUACACUGGAACCCUACGGAACAUCCUGUAACUUAAACUGGCAGGGGAACACGCUUUCAGAUUCCUCAUAUUCCAUGUCCUCGCUAAUAACGUGUUACGUCCUUCACAUUGUCAUCAUCACCUUCUGUUACGUAAAGAUAACGUUUAAAGCAAGGUCGCUGCGUUUCGGACUGACUUCAAAUGAAAGGUUUCUUGAGAUGGAAAAACUAUUGGUGUUCCAGAAGAUGCAAGUUGAACGAAAUGUCACUACGAUAUGUAUAGUGAUGGUGAUAUCCUUCUUCACGGUAUGGACUCCAUAUGCACUGUUUUCCCUUCUGUCUGUGCUGAGGAUAAACGUACCUAUUGCUGCCUCGUGCAUUCCAACCAUGUUCGCGAAGCUUAGUUGUGCCUUGAACCCUAUCAUCUAUACAGUCGGGUCCAGCAGAUUCAGACAGGCAUUGGCGUCCGUGAUGCCUUGCUGUAGGGCGUCCAGGAGACCACUCACCAAGCUGGGAGCUCAUACCUACAGACACACGCGGUUCAGCACCAUCGUAAACACCAGCGACUGCUGUACUGGUCACGAAGAAGUCGGAACAACCAUUCCAGGCAUGAACAAGUAAUUUCUAUGAGUUGUAUUGAGAACGGGUUUGAUGGAUCGAGUGAGUUUGUGAGUUAAUGUUGCAUUACGCCAUACGGACAGUCUUGAGGUCACUGGCGCUGGAGGAAUAAUUAUGACAGAACGAGUUUUGAGGGACAGAACAUGUCUUUGAGAUGGU